AACACUAAAAGCCCCACUGAGAUCUAUCGUCUUUUCGGUAGAGAAAGGCCUCUUCAUAAGGUUCUAGGCGGUGGAAACCCCGCUGACAUUUUCCUAUGGAGGGACAAGAAAGUUACAGCUGGCGUGCUUGGUUUUGCCACUGUUAUCUGGGCGCUUUUUGAGUUGCUUGAAUACCACUUGCUCACACUUGUUUGCCAUAUUCUAAUUGUUGCCUUAGCAGUGCUUUUCCUGUGGUCCAAUGCAUCUGCGUUCAUCAACACGGCUCCACCUCAAAUUCCAGAAGUCGUUCUGCAUAAGGAUAUUGUCCUUGGUGUUGCAUCCGCAUUGAGGAUUGAAAUCAAUAGGGCCCUUGAGAUUCUACGGGAUAUUGCAUCUGGGAAAGACUUGAAGAAAUUCCUUGUUGUCAUUGUUGGCUUGUGGGUAGUUUCUAUAUUGGGGAAUAUCUGGAACUUCCUCACCUUGUUUUACAUAGUUUUUGUGUUACUGCAUACUGUACCUGUGCUCUAUGAGAAGUAUGAGGACAAGGUCGAUGCUUUUGCUGAGAAGGCAGAGGCGGAGAUCAAGAAGCAUUAUGCUGUUUUUGACGCCAAUGUUCUUAGCAAAAUUCCGAGAGGUCCACUUAAAGGCAAAAAGCUUGAAUAGAGACUAAUACGUGGUGUCACUAUGUUCAUAUUGGAGUUUUCCAGUUUUCCAGAUGUGUGAUUCCUUGUUUUACAGCCCUUUAGUUUACUGGCUUUGCUUUAUUACAUGGUUUACAACUGAAAGAGUAUGGCAUUUUGUGAGGUAGUUUUGACUUAAA